UUUUGGCUGAGUGGCCCAUCUUGUUAUUUACUAUUUUUGAUGAUCAUUCUUAUUUUCCAAAGGCACACGCUGUGACGUAAUUGCGGCGAAACGUGGACCUCCCGACACGCCAAGAGAUUAUAAAAUCAAAUGGUUAUCAAAUACCGUCGCAUGGCCAAUCACCAACACGUGUCCAUGACGUCACCACAACAACAGCAAGCGGACUGGUCAUCCCUCCAGGCGUUCCCACCCUCUACGCUCCAGCGAGCGCUGUCACAUGACGGGUUGGAGUUGAAAUCUCAAAUCUUUUGUUCAAUAAUACCAAAAAAGAAGCGAACUCCGCCCUUGUGACUCGUUGGCGUGGGUUUGACGGCCAUCUUUGUCAGCUGACCAGUCUGCCUCAGUUUGAUUGAAAAGUCAGUUCAUGUUGUCUUUGUUCAUCCCCUGAGCGGACGCUAGUUUGACGAAGUUUGUGUAUGUAAGUGUGUGUCGAUAACAUCACGUCUCAUUUUUUAAAGUUUUUGUCGACAUUGUUGUCAAAAGAUUUCCAAAAAGGAUUAGUUUCCAGUGGUUUCAUGUGAACGACAUGAUAGACCUUCGCGAUAUUAAUCCAAGAGAUUGUUUCACCCGUUGUUGUGUAACACGUGUUCGGUAUCCUCUGUAAAUUUAUUUUUCGGCGGUUGAGGUAUCAGGUAAAGAGACCUUCUGUGUGCCGUUCCUUGUUGUUUAUUCACAACUGACGUCACAGAAUCUUGUGCUGCUCACACACAACUGACGUCACAAAACCGUGUGUGUCAUCGAAGCCUCCAAGAUCAAGAACUCCGGGAGAGAGUACUAGAGUAGUCAGCACUGACAGCGACUGCUAAAACCGAAUCGUCCAAGCAUAGCCCAAAAGUUUUACCAUGCCACAAAACUCACCGCUGAAGCAAAAUCACUUCAGAGUUCAACUGACGCCACCCGUACCAUGGAUCAACCCUGCUGGCUGGUCAGCUCACUCCGUCCCCGUCCCUUCAUUCAGCGACAUUGGUCACCAGCUGGCCGAAAACAUGGCUCCAGAACCAGCAGGUAAAAGACGAAGAAUUGAAUCUGAACCGUCACCCAAUGGUGUGGAGUCCCGGUUCAGUGGUUCCGGAUUACGCCCUUUUUCAAGCAGUCAGUCGAGAAGUGCUGGUGACAUCAGUGGUGGUUAUGAUCACGUGUCCAAGAUGCCGAUGGAAACUCAGUUGUGGUUUCGUCUUCGUGAACAGGCGCUGAGAGAAAAGAGAGACAACUUGCUGCAUAAUGGGACGGUGGAGACCGGAGCUGUGGACUGGGAGAAGUGAGACUCUUUUCCCCACUGAGCAAGUUUUCCAACGGGUUUUGAUGACCCUUCAACAAUCACAAACAAUGGUCGGGCUGGGACAAAGCUUCUGACGACUGAACGAGGACCGGAACCUAUGAACUUGACAUUCAGCUCGAGAGAACAGACAGACAGAUUAUAAAUAGUUUACUGUCUCACCCACAAGGGCGCAACUGCUACAUCAUAAGGGUGUACUUGAGCACUGGUACAUCAUAAGGGUGUACUUGAGCACUGGUACAUCAUAAGGGUGUACUUGAGCACUGGUACAUCAUAAGGGUGUACUUGAGCACUGGUACACCGCGGGGCCUGCCUUUGAAAAAACGUAUUUGUAUCUUCAAAGCUGUAUGAUUUUUGUUCAUUAAAAAAAAAGACAAAUUGGGUUUAUAGAGAAUGAUUUCACUUCAAAACUAUUAACUGCUUAGAGCGCAAAAUAUUUUAAAUUCAUGUUUCAGGUUCUCUGUUGAAACCUACAUUUUUAUCUACCAUCUCACGGAAAACCAGUUAAUGUUCUUUCGUAAAUUACAAUAGUUAAUCAUUAUGCAAUCUAUAACAUUUAACGUGUAACUCAGCUUUGUUUCAAUACAGGCAUACACGUCUACCACUUUCCGUAUUACGACUUACUUAUACUAUGCAAUACUGAUCAUUCGUACUGGAAGAUUUUUGUAGUUAACAAACAUAAUAUUAGUAAGUCUCGUUUCUAAAAUACAUUUUGUCUCUAAGUCGGUGAUUACAUGUACAUCUGUGACUCUCUGUACUUGUAUUUGUAAUUAUGUCGUUCUGAAAAUCCAUCUACAGACCUUUACCACUGUUCUGUCAACACUUUUAUUUCCUUUUAAAUCAGAGAUAAAAUAGGCACUCCGCCGAAAAAUGAUAUGAAUAGUACAUGUAUAAGGAAAUUCUAUUGAUGAAAGAUGAUGUAUUUCUUUCUUAUGCCUCACUGUUCAUAAAUCUUUCAAUAAACGA